GUGGAACGUAUAACAAUAGGUGUUGCGGAAUCACUGGUAAUGUGACCACUGUGCUAACAACGAUUGUCCACAGGUGUGUGGAAUGACUUUCGAAAAUGAUGAAGAAAGGCUUCUUCAAAGAACUGCGAUUACCUGUGUCUCAAAGGUUGCGUGGUCAGCGAUCAAAAUCGGAUGUGGACAACCCAAAUGAUGGAGAUGGAGCUGCACCGCUCGCGUCUGGGAAAAGUCGUAUGUGUAAAGUAUCUCACAUCAAUGGUGACUCAUUAGUGGAAGAUGAACACUAUACUGAGUGUGGUAUGCCAGUCGAAGGCGAAAUGCAUUCCAAGAAAAAAGACAGGAAGGGUUUCUUUCACACCUUAAAGAAAAAAUUGUCCACUCCCUUAUCGAAAAAGACUCCAUCAUCAGAGUUGGACCCACACUGUUCUGAAGAAACACAGAGUUGUGGGUCUCCGUUCAGAUUUGGGUCGAAAAGGUCCAAAAGUCGUCAGAAACAGUCUUGUGCUUUCUAUGGUAAAUCCAAACUGAAAAGCAAAUCUUCGCAAAGCAUAGAAUACUCAGGGUUUAGUACUCCUGUGUGUCCCCAAAUGAAAUCUCAGUCAAACACGGAGCUUGAUGUGCAUGUUCAUUCAUUUAGCGGUCUCCAUGAACAAGGCCGCACAGUGCUAUCCACAGUGAGUAAAAGUCAUCGUAAACAAGGCUGUGAAGAGGGCAGUAAACAAGAUUCCUGUGACAAAGGGGACACAGAUAGUGGACAGGAAACCCCUGACAGUUCGCGGAGCUCUCCAUCGCUUGAUAGUGGCGAGUAUACACAACAACCAGCAACUCUUAACCCAAAUUUUAGCCCGCGACUUUGCAGUUUUUCUGAUGAAUUCUGUGCUGAGGGAAAACACAAGGUAGAUGGACAUGUUGAGUGCUACGGAAUGACACCAGAACAAAUGUUUGAACAUAUGAAAGACGGACAGAAAGUGUGGAGCCUCACACAAGAAUUAUUUAAAUUAUCCAAAUUUGGAUGGUACUGGGGUCCCAUAACACGUGUAGAAGCAGAAGAAAAAUUAGCCAAUCAACCGGAUGGUGCUUUCCUUGUUCGGGACAGCUCUGAUGAGCGUUACCUGUUGAGUUUAAGUUUUCGUUCGUAUGGCAGAACCUUACAUACUCGCAUAGAGCACUGUAACGGGAUGUUCAGUUUCUAUGCACAGCCCGACACAGAAGGCUACCCAUCUAUUGUUGACUUAAUAGAGCAUUCUAUGAGUGAUUCUCAGACAGGUGUGUUCUGUUAUUCAAGGUCAAGGUCACCGGGAGCGCCAUCUUUUCCUGUCCGUCUGACAAAGCCUGUGUCACGUUUUACUCAAGUGCGAUCACUGCAAUAUUUGUGUCGAUUUGUUAUCCGCCAGUACACAAGAUUUGAUCACAUUCAACAGUUGCCUUUACCUAACAAAAUAAUAGGCUGGAUAGAAGAAAAUCAAUACUAAUUUUGUUCAAAGAGAAAAAAAAGGGUAUUCAAAGUUCAUGUAAUAUCCAAAUGAAAAAAAGUUUCUGGAUGAAUUUACUUGCUCAGAGUUGGCAUUUCUUACCCGAUAUUGAGAUGUUCAUCUGAUUAUGUCAGAAUCGUGUUUGAGAAACCUGAUUUUUGCCUUACACGAAGGACAUGCUAUUACAAAAUAACAUUUCAAUUAAAGAAAAACAGUCUGUUAGCAUUUACAUUUUUGAUACAUGAGUUCAUGAACAUUUGGAAAUAUUGUUUUUUUAUAGUAACACUUAUUGAUUUCAAUACGACAGGCGUUGUACAUGCACUGUCAUACCUGACCUCCCAAGUUGUAAUUAUGCAACCUUGUAAGAUAUUGUCCGACUUCUUGUUUGUAUUUAUUCAAGUUUGGGUCAGACAGUGGACUCUUAAUUUAUUCCGUAUGAGAGCUGGUAUUGUGCUGUAAAGUUUUCUGGGAAUUUGUUAUCAUGUAAGUUUAGCUAGUCUCUCGGUAGCUUUGGGUUAAUAUUGCUCUUUAACUAUCCAUGGACUUCUGGCUAUCUGAAGACAGCUGGAUGUGCUGUGCUGCAGGAUGUUUUCUUGAAUGAAUUGAUGUGUACACUUCUGUGUAAUGUUUAGUGUUUUACAUGAUAUGUACAUGUACAUACAGUGCUGGUAAUACUGGAAAUCAGUACAAAUGUACUGAAACAUUUUGGAAAUCAGCUGGCUGGUUGUAAACAAUUUUCAUACUUUGCUCAUGCAUUUGGUGUGCUUAUUUUUUCUCAGCUAUCCUCCAUUUUUGAUUUAUCAGUCUCUUUUGAAUUGUUUUCUUUUCUUCAAAUGGUGUUAAAAAUAUAAAGGGCUUGAGUAUUUCUUUUCUGAAGUUCAUCUUUUAAUAACCAGCAGCAAAAUUAAUCCAUGCAUAUCAAGUUCAAGGGAAGCAUUAGCAGUAUAUCAUGGAACUCCAUGCAAGGGGAGAUAACUCUGUUUAGCCAUGCCGACAGUUACAUUUGAAAGCCCAAAUUCAGCAAAUGUAAAUAUACCCUUUUCUUGAUGUUGAUACGUUUGGUUAUAUUACUUUAUGUUACUCAAAAACAACAACAAAAGUGGAUUAUGUUAAUACCAGCUUUACUGUGUAUUGUUUGCUAAGUACAUCUGCUAUUGUUUGUGUCUUACAUAUGCUGUUCAAUAGAAAAAAGUUCACAAUCAUUUUUCGUGUGUUACUCGUUUCCCUUAUAUGUACGUGUCAGAAAAGGGUUAUUUGUAUGUUAAUCUGGCCAUAGGGUGACUUGCGACACCUACCAGUUGGGUGCAACAACAAAGUCCACCUAUGCAAAAUGGUUAGAGCAAAAAGUUCGAUAAAACCUUGCAAUCAUGAGCAACUCUGGCCAACUUGCUGCAAGCACACUAAACUGGGUACAGCUGUAUGCUGUGAGUUAUAGAAAAGUAACUCACUUGUUCAACUUCGAUGCCUGAGCAGAUGCUCCCAGUUACUCCUAUAUGUAGUUGCUUCAAGUUGCGAAAAGCCGAGUUGCUCCCUGUUGCAAGAUCAAUUUACACCCAUCUUAAUACAUGACUGAUUAUGAAUACAUAC